AUGCCCGCGAACCGGUUAAACACAGACACGCCGAUGCGGCAGCGCGAGGGCUCGCUGCUGUCGCCGGUGGCGUACGACGACGACGCCGCGUCCCUGCACUCCCGUAGCGACCAAGACUCGGACAGCGACGACGAUCAGCUGCAGCAGGCGGCCCGCAACAGUCGCGAGCUGCGCGCCCACGACCGCAUCGUCCUGGUCGAGGAGGAGGACAUCGACCGCCUCGUCACCGACUCGCGGCGGAAACAGGAGCGAGAGCGCCGCGGGUCCGGCCUCGCCGUGCCCAACCCCCUCAAGCUCUUCCGUCGACCCAGUCUGUCCGCCAUGUCCGUGUCCUCGGCCGCCAGCUCCACCGAAGACCUGCGCGCCGAGAAGCGCCGCCAGCGCCGCUCCCGGCGCCAGCGUAAGCGGCAGGCCCUGAUGGAGCGCGCCGAGCACGGCGAGGACGGCGAGCUCAUGUACGAGAUGGAGGAGGGGGGCAUGAAGGACGGCAGCAGCACCGGCAAUAGCAGCGACCGAGACGACAGCGACGAGAGGGAUAGAAGACACCUGGGGCUGAUGGCGCAGGAGCAUGUUCAGCGGCGACGCAGCUGGAGGCGCUGGCUGCUGAUCCACGCGCUGAUCCUGAUCGGCUUCACCAUCCUCGUGCUUGUCGCGUGGAAGCUGACCAAGGCGAAAAAGCACGGCGGCGCUGCCAUCAAGGAUCGAUUUAUAAGCAACGGUACGGCGCUGUUCGGACCGACGACACUGGUCAUCAGCUUGGACGGUUUCCGCGCCGACUUUUUGAGCCGCGGACUGACGCCACGCCUGAAUGCCUUUGUCAAGGAAGGUAUUUCGCCGAAAUACAUGCUCCCGUCGUUCCCGUCAGUGACGUUCCCGAACCACUACACGCUAGCGACCGGCCUCUACCCCGAAGCACACGGCGUGGUAGGAAACACAUUUUGGGACCCGGAGCUCAAGGCCGAAUUUUACUAUACCGACCCCGACCGCAGCCUGGAUCCCAAGUGGUGGGGAGGCGAGCCGUUCUGGGCUACAGCAGAGAAGCAGGGCGUACGCAGCGCUGUUCACAUGUGGCCUGGAAGCGAAGCGCAUAUUCUCAACAUUGAGCCUAGCGUUAUAGACAAGUACAAUGGCGAUGAAAAACUCGACAACAAGGUUGCACGAAUCAUGGAUUUUCUGGACAUGCCGGGCAAGGAAGACGAGACUGUCGAUCCGGAGCACUGGCGUCCUCAGCUUAUUGCCGCCUACGUGCCGGACGUCGAUGCCGACGGACACAAAUACGGCCCGAACAGCACGGAGAUUCGCACCACGAUUCAAGCUGUAGAUACGAUGAUGGACAAGAUAUUCCAGGGCCUGGAGGCGCGCAACCUCUCGCAGAUUGUCAAUGUCGUGGUUGUAUCGGACCACGGCAUGGCCACGACGGAUCGGACACGGCUGCUGCAGCUCGAGGACCUGGUCGACACCAGCAAAAUUGAACACGUAGACGGUUGGCCGCUGAUGGGCCUGCGACCUAAGGACAUAGACGACACGCAGUCACUGUACGAUGGGCUGAAGGACAAGGCAAAGACAAACCCUGGCAUCGAGGUGUACAUGCGAGACGUCGACAUGCCUGAGCGCUACCAUUUUUCCAAGAAUGACCGCAUCGCGCCACUUUGGAUCGUCCCCAAGACGGGCUGGGCCAUUGUUAGGAAGGACGAUUUUGACCUCGCGACGGUCGCUGAUGACGAGGUCUACCACCCGCGUGGCCUGCACGGCUACGACCACGAGCACCCGCUGAUGAGGGCAAUUUUCAUUGCGCGGGGACCAGCGUUCCCCCAUCCAGCAAACAGCAUGAUGGAGCCUUUCCAAAAUAUUGAGCUGUACAAUCUGCUGUGCGACUCGGUCGGCAUCACACCUCAGCCAAACAACGGCACGUUGAGGCUGCCGCUGCGACCCAUCGGCACGCACACAGACGAGGUGGCGGAAGAACAGGACCCGCCGCCCGCGGAGGCGGUCACAGAAGCGACGACGUCGACGGCGCCCGCAAGCACGCAGUCGACGAGCGUGGCCAGCAGUAUCGAGACAGAGGCAGUGCCGGCGACAGUGACGACGACGGAGUCGGAGACAACGGCACAGCCCGAGGCGACGGCGCAGCCAGACAAGGGCGGCGAUAACGAUACCGGCGGCGGGGAAGAAGCAGACGGGGGCCAAGACGAGGGUCUGCUGGGCUCGAUCGUGGGCGUCGUUGGCGAUGCAUGGGACUGGAUCACUGGACAGGCUGGCAAGGUCUGGAACGACAUUGUCGGUGGCUCGUAG